CACCGAGCAGAGGAGAGCAGAGGGGCGGCGGGUCUGACACUUUUACCGGAUUAUCAGAGGAUUAGCAGCCGGGCAGCGCUUCACCGGGUCGGACAGGUUCAGGAGCUGCUUAACGUUUUUCCACCAUGGCUGAGACUAAGGGGAAAUUCGACUUUGCCAUCGACCGGGGCGGCACCUUCACCGACGUGUUCGCCCGGUUGCCUGAUGGUCGAGAGAGGGUCCUGAAGCUGCUGUCUCGAGACCCCCAGAACUACAAGGACGCUCCCACGGAGGGGAUCCGCAGAGUCCUGGAGGAGGAAACUGGCCGCGUCUUUCCUCGCGAGCAGCCUGUCGACACCUCUCUGAUUGGCUGGAUCAGAAUGGGCACGACGGUGGCGACCAACGCUUUGCUGGAGCGAGAGGGCGAGCGGACGGCGCUCCUGGUCACAAAGGGCUUCAAGGACUUGCUGCACAUCGGCACGCAGGCCAGGCCGAAGCUGUUUGAUCUGGAGGUUGCCAUGCCUGAAGUGUUGUACGAGGAAAUAAUAGAGGUGGACGAGCGAGUCGUCCUGAGCCAAGAUGGCUGCCAGCUUCCCAGGAAGGACGCCAAACGCAUUGUGACAGGCAGCACUGGUGAUUCUCUGGAGUUGUGGAAGGAGCUGGAUCUCGAGUGUGUGGAGAAAGACCUGAGGGGAGUUCUUUCUCGUGGGAUCACCUGUGUGGCUGUCCUCCUGUUACACUCGUACACAUGGUCGGAUCAUGAGAAAGCAGUGGGCGCCCUGGCUCGCUCUCUGGGCUUCACUCAGGUGUCUCUGUCCAGCGAGGUCAUGCCCAUGGUGCGGGCCGUGCCCCGGGGCUACACUGUGUGUGCCGACGCCUACCUCACACCCAAGAUCCGCCAGUACUUAAAAGGCUUCACCUCCGGCUUCAAGGGCGGCCUUAAGGGCGUGGACGUGUUGUUCAUGCAGUCAGAUGGAGGUCUGACCCCCAUGGAGCAGUUCUGUGGUUCGCGGGCCGUUCUGUCGGGCCCAGCAGGGGGGGUGGUGGGAUACGCCAUCACCUCUUACAACCAGAUGGAGAAAAAGCCUGUGAUUGGCUUCGACAUGGGCGGAACCUCUACAGAUGUGAGUCGAUACGCUGGUCAGUAUGAACACGUGUUUGAGGCGACCACAGCUGGAGUCACCCUGCAAGCGCCGCAGCUGGACAUCAACACCGUGGCUGCAGGAGGAGGGUCGCGACUCUUCUUCAGAUCAGGGAUGUUUGUGGUUGGACCGGAGUCUGCAGGUGCACAUCCAGGACCAGCCUGCUACAGAAAAGGUGGCCCUCUGACAGUGACUGAUGCCAACUUAGCCCUGGGGCGACUCCUCCCGUCCUUCUUCCCAAAGAUCUUUGGGCCCGGUGAGAACGAGGCACUGUCAUUGGAGGAGACCAUGAAGCACUUCCGUCACCUCACCCAAGAGAUCAACCUCUUCCUGUCUUCAAACCAGUCACAGAAGGUUACAACAAAUGGAACCAAGCACAGCCAGACAGGGAUGAGCGUGGAGGAGGUUGCCAUGGGAUUCAUUCGUGUUGCCAAUGAGGCCAUGUGCCGGCCAAUCAGAGCUCUGACGCAGGCUAAAGGUCAUGAUACAUCUCAGCAUGUGUUAGCAUGUUUCGGGGGUGCAGGUGGACAACAUGCGUGUGCUAUUGCUCGAGCCCUGGGGAUGAAGACCGUCUUUAUACAUAAGUACAGUGGCGUGCUCUCAGCCUACGGUCUGGCUCUAGCUGAUGUGGUGGAGGAGGUGCAGGAGCCGUGCUCGCUGCAGUAUGACCAGAGCUGCUUCCGCGAGCUCGACCGGCGGGUGGGGCAGCUCUCCAAAAUCUGCCAUGACACUCUCUGUGCACGUGGCUUUGACAGCGGUCAGGUCACCGCUGAGGUUUUCCUCCACCUGCGUUAUAAGGGCACCGACUGUGCGCUCAUGGUUACCGCUGCCGGUUACCCCAGCGAUGCCAAGUCCUGUCGAGCUGGAGACUUCCACAGCGCCUUCACCAAACGUUAUUUGAAGGAAUUUGGGUUCACCAUCCCGGACAGAACCAUCAUGGUUGAUGACAUCAGAGUGAGGGGCUGUGGACGAUCUGGUAUCAAGUCAGUAUAUAAACCAAAGAAUGGACCGGGAGAUACCAAGCCUGUCACGAUGACCAAGUGUUACUUUGAGGACGGUUACCUGGAAACCAGCGUGUUUCUAUGGGAGGAGCUGCCGUUUGGUCACAGCAUCCAGGGACCUGCUAUUAUUAUUGAUAAGAACAGCACUAUCCUGGUGGAGCCGUGCUGUGAGGCCCAUCUGACAGAAGGGGGCGAUGUUUGCAUUUCCGUGGGCUCAGACCCCCACUGCGCUGUGGGCACAGAGCUCAACACCGUGCAGCUCUCCAUCUUCUCCCACCGCUUCAUGAGCAUAGCAGAGCAAAUGGGCCGAGUUCUCCAAAGAACCUCCAUCUCUACCAACAUCAAGGAGCGUCUGGACUUCUCCUGCGCUGUGUUCGGACCAGACGGCGGUCUGGUGUCCAACGCGCCUCACAUACCCGUUCACCUGGGGGCCAUGCAGGAGACGGUCCAGUACCAGAUCAGAUCGCUGGGGAACGAACUGAUAGAAGGGGAUGUGAUUCUGAGUAACCACCCGUGUGCUGGGGGCAGUCAUCUUCCGGACCUCACAGUCAUCACACCAGUGUUUCGAAAAGGCGUGAGGGGCCCUGUUUUCUUCGUAGCCAGCAGGGGGCACCAUGCCGACAUUGGUGGCAUCACUCCUGGCUCCAUGCCCCCUCAUUCCACCUCUCUUCAGCAGGAGGGCGCUGUCUUCAUGUCUUUCAAACUUGUCACUGGUGGGGUGUUCCAGGAGGAGGCUGUAACCAAAGCUCUGAUGGCUCCGGCCCAGUACCCAGACUGCUCUGGGACUCGUAAUCUCCACGACAACCUGUCGGACCUGAGGGCUCAGGUGGCAGCCAAUCAGAGAGGCAGCCAGCUGGUGGGGGAGUUGAUUGACGGCUACGGACUGGCUGUGGUGCAGGCCUACAUGGGGUACAUCCAAAGCAACGCAGAGCUUGCAGUGAGGGACAUGCUGAGGGACUUUGCACGUCGCCGACGGCAACAGACUGGAUCCCUGGAGGUGGAGUCGGAGGAUUUCAUGGAUGACGGGACGCCAAUCAGACUGCGGGUGCAGAUUAAUGAAAAAGAGGGCAGCGCGGUGUUUGACUUCUCAGGGACUGGGACAGAGGUGUGGGGGAACUGCAACGCUCCUCGGGCCAUCACCCUCUCUGCCCUCAUCUACUGCCUGCGCUGUAUGGUGGGACAGGACAUCCCCCUCAAUCAGGGUUGUCUUGCACCGAUCAAAGUCAUCAUCCCCCCUGGCUCGAUCCUCCAGCCUUCCGAGAAUGCAGCUGUGGUCGGAGGAAAUGUUCUCACAUCCCAGAGAGUAGUUGACGUCAUCUUUAGAGCGUUUGAAGUGUGCGCUGCAUCACAGGGCUGCAUGAACAACAUUUCCUUUGGCAGCGAGAACGUCGGCUACUAUGAGACAGUUGCUGGGGGAGCAGGGGCGGGGCCAGGCUGGAGUGGGCGGAGCGGUGUUCACAGUCACAUGACUAACACACGCAUCACUGACCCUGAAAUUCUGGAGAAGAGGUACCCGGUGAUCUUAGAGCAGUUCUCUCUGCGGCCCGGCUCAGGAGGUCCAGGGAAGUACGCCGGUGGAGACGGAGUGGUCCGCAAACUUCUGUUCAGGAACAAAGUGGUUCUGUCGGUGCUGACGGAGAGGAGAUCCACCUGCCCCUACGGCCUCCAGGGGGGUGAGGACGGUGCAGCCGGGCUGAACCUGCUCCACAGGGCAGACGGAAGAGUCCUCAACCUGGGGGCCAAAACGAGCAUCAGCCUCCAGCCUGGGGACAUGUUCUGCCUCUACACUCCUGGAGGAGGAGGAUACGGAAGACAGGAGGAAACGGACCUGAAACCUCAGACCAAGCGCAGGCGCUUGAACGAGACCUUCCUGGAGAGGGGCAGCGUAUUCGAAUACCGAAUGGCACAAGAGGGGGUGUGAGGGGGGGGAGGAAAAUAGGAGAGAGUGAACAGACAAAGCACAGGAGGGAGCAUAUCAGGAAGCACAGGAGGGAGGCUGUUUGAUAAAGAUGGAAAAACUCUUUAAAAUUAGGAAGGAAAACAGUGGCAGCAGUAGUCCCAUAAUAACUCUGAUAAAUAGAAGACAAUGCAGGAGAGCAACAUUUAUCAUGUUCUGCAGUCAACACAUCAAGAGCAAACGUUUUAUAGUAACACUCAUUUACAGUAUCUGUAUCUAUGCAACUUAUUCUGUAAAGAUUGGACAGCCGGUGGUGGUGCACGCUGGAGAGGUCGCCACAACCAUUCAUGCUCACAUUUAAACCAACAGACAAUUUGGUCUCGGAUUAAGCUGCUCAUGUUUGAAUUCGAUGUGGUGAUGGUGCUAACCGCUGCACCAGUGUUGCCACAUGUAGAAUACAGCAAUAUCAUAUUUCUGUGCUGCUACUAACAGCAACACUGAGUGUUCGGCCAUUUCAUUUUAAUGCAUAUCAUAGGGUAAAUGUUUUGUAAACAAGAACCCAUAGUCACCCCUGUGAGUAGGACCAAAACGUGUUUUUUCAUUAAUUCCAGUUUAACUGCUCAAAAGGAUCAAGCCAACCUGGUUUAACUGGACAUACAACUUAUCAAACAGCACAACUUGAUGAUGUGGUCACUGAUGAAUAAAUCCAGUUUCUACCCAUGAAA